CAAGGGUCGCGCGCGCGGCAGACUGUGGGCGGGGGCGGCGCCUGGGGAGGACGAGCGAGCGCGGCGCCCGCACCUCCGCGUACAGCCCGCGCGCUCGCCAGGGAGAGCAGCGCGGAGCUCCGGCCCAGCUCCUCCCGCAAUGGCCCCGGCCAUCUACUCUCGCCUAGGCCGUGUCGUCUGGCUUGCCUGCCUCCUGCCCUUGGCCCCGCCGAGCGUGGCUGCAGACCUGUACGAACUCAGUCUUACCACCGAUGGCCCCGCCACUACGGGAGCAGAGGUGACCAUCGCAGCCAGCCUGGAGGCCAGGGACAACGGCACUCUGGCCCUGCCCGCCGACGUGCAUGUCUACCAUUUCCUCUGGAUCCACACCCCACUGAUGCUCACUGGCAAGGUGGAAAAGGACCUCAGCUCAACCAUCAGCGUGGUGGGCAGUGUGCCUGGGGACUUCCUGGUCUCUGUCUGGGUCACUGCCACCAGCUGCAGGAUGUGCCAUCCGUUGGCCCGGAGCUUUGUCGUUGUCGCCAUCACAACACUGGGGACAGAAGCCAGGACUUGGUGGAUGCUAGAGUUCCUCAUGGGGAACAUCGUGAUCUCCCAGAACACCUCCCUGCCCUGGCCCAGCUCCUACCUCACCAAGACAGUCCUGGAAAUGUCCUUCCUCCUCCACGACCCAAGCAACUUCUUCAAGUCUGCCUCCUUUCUCUACCGCUGGGACUUCGGAGAUGGGACCCUGCUGGCGACAGACAGCUCCGUGGUCUAUUAUAACUAUUCCAUCAUUGGAACCUUCACGGUGAAGCUUGAGGUGGUGGCCCAGUGGGAGGAGGCGAAGCCAGACGGCACUAUGAAAGGCAUUGUGCAGAAGACCGGCGACUUCUCCACCUUGCUGAAGCUUCAGGAAUCCCUUCGAGGCAUCCAGGUCUUGGGGCCCACCCUAAUUCAGACCUUCCAAAAGAUGACCGUGACCUUAAACUUCCUGGGGAGCCCCCCGCUGACUGUGUGCUGGCGGCUCAAGCCUGAGUGCCUCCCGCUGGAGGAAGGGGAGUGCCACCCCACGUCUGUGGCCAGCACGGCUUACAACCUGACCCAUACCUUCCGCGACCCUGGGGACUACUGCUUCAGCAUCCGGGCUGAGAACGACAUCAGCAAGACGCAUCAGUACCACAGGAUCCAGGUGUGGCCUUCCAGACUGCAGCCGGCUGCCUUCGCUUUCCCGUGUGCCACGCUAAUCACCGUGACGCUGGCCUUCGUCAUGUACAUGACCUUGCGGAAUGCCACUCGGCAGAAGGACGUGGCGGAGGUGGCUGAUUUUGACUUUUCCCCUAUGUCUGACAAGAACCCGGAGCCGCCCUCUGGGGUCAGGUGCUGCUGCCAGCUGUGCUGUGGGCCCUUCUUUCGGGAGUCAUCAUCCGAGUACCUGGAAAUUGUCCGAGAGAACCAUGGGCUGCUCCCACCCCUCUACAAGUCUGUCAGGACGUACACAGUGUGAGCACCCCUGCCCCACCCUGUAUCAGUGUUCACUGAUGGCCAGACUGGGAGCUUCGGGCAGGGUGGUGUGUCACUGAGCAGGAGGGGCCAUGUGGCCAAUUCCCCAUGCUGGCCAUCCAUCUGUACAGUCUGGCUGCUGCCACAAGACCCUCAGCCACCUCCCAAGCCAUCUGCCCACCUGUACAGUGCAGCCACUCCUGUGAGCCUCUCUCGGGCACCCCCACCCCAUCCUGUGCCAAGCAGGACUCAGACACUUGGUGUGUCGCCUUGGGAUUCUCCCAGGGGGUCUGGCUGCCCCUCACCCGUUCCUCUCCCAUUGGCACAUCUGCCAUCCAUUAGGGGCUCACACUUCCCUCCCUGGGGAAGCCAUGUCUAUGCCAGAGCGAGGAAGGAGGUCACAGAUGGUCCAGGAUGCACAGCGAAAGGCUGUGCAGGCAGCCGGGUGCACCUGCAGAGGGGAGGGUGUGUGCACACACACACACGCACACACGCACCACAGCAAUCCACACUUGGCACGAAUCAUCUCUGCGAUUCAUUCUGUAUCUGUCAGGGCUAUUGCUGGAACCCCGAGCCCCUCGGCCCUCCAUCUCCUGGGCUGGGCCUCCCUUUAGGCUUCGCCCCUGGCUCACCCCAUCCCCCUUCCGCAGCCACCCUACUCUCUGCCUGCAAAGUGUGUGCAGAGUGCCUUAUAAACUCGGCACCUUUUAUCGAAACUCAUGUGUACCAUCUCCAUCGAGGAGAAGGUGUUGCAGCGGAAGGACAGGUUGAGGUCAGGACGUGGGUUCUGCCUGUGUGUCUCCGUCAUGGGUGCUUUGGCUCCCCGGCUGCCCCCAAGGUCACCUUGGGAAGGAAGAGGCAGCGGAUCAGAGGUAGUGUGGUGGAGCCAGUCCCUCUUUCCCUCCAGCCCAGUGGCUGGGGGUGGGGGACGGCGGGUGGAACUGGGAGCAGCAAGGAGACGAGGCGGUUCGGGCUGGACCACAGGGGCAGGGCUCUGUCACUGCAACUGCUUGCUCUCAGACUUUGCGCUCAAAAUUGUGCUUCCAUUGUCACAUGGCUCAUUCCCAUGAAAUACCGCCAUUACUGCUCAAUAAAACGUGAGUGCUGAGUGCUGCCAGGCACCCCAGGUGUGGCACAGUCUCUUUUCCAUGUGUGACAGAUGAGGCUUGGAAAUGACAGAGUGAUGCCCAGAGGUGGCAGGGCAGCCCUGGCGUGUUCUGUGGUCGGAGGUGACCUCAGGCCCCAGAUGACUUAGACAUGCAGCCCGGUCUAAGGUCCCGGGUGGAUGCUGGAGUCCAAGUGGGAGCCUGGCCACUCUGGGAACCUGCUGGAAAUGCAGACCUUUGGGCUCCACCCAACACCCGAGUCACCCCUGGGAGGGGUGGCCACCUGCUCUCACCAGCCCCAGACCCAGGGACUUCAGUGCAUGCUCAGGUCUGAGGACCUCUGGGCUCUGGCAGGCAGGGCAUCACCAGCUAGACUUUGUUUAGCAAUAGUUGCACUUAAGAGGGGCCGGGGAUUUAGCUCAGUGGUUCCGCUGCCUGCCUCAAUAAGCAAAAGGUCCGGAGUUCGAUCCCCAGUACCAAAAAAAAGAGAAACUGAGGACUCUGGAGCAAGGCCUGGGAGUCUGCAUUUCUGACCAGUCGCUGGGCACUGAGUCUGAGGUCUAGGCCCUUCUUGAGGCUUUGGCUUUCUGUACGAUGUGUGGGACUUUCAGUGGCCUCUUCUCUCCAAUUACCCACCCUGCAGAAGUGCCCCAAGCUUCAGAGUAGGGGGUCCCUGAGAAUGGGGGGCUGCCCCUCACCCCACUUUCAGUACCACUGUGAGCCAGCUGGGACUUUUUCUACUCCAGCAACAUUGGGUUGUAAGGCAGAUGCUGCUGCAGCACCCUGCCUCCGAGCUCACCUGUGUUAGAGGGUGCGACAGGAAGAGCUGGGGCUUUGCGGGGCCCUUGUGCCUUGGACAACUGGAGAGGGACUGAAGGACAUUGGGGGGUAGGGCGUUCUUGCCUUGAGUUAUUUUAGUAUUCUUUUUUUUUGGUACUGGGGAUCAAACUCAGGUCCUUGUGCUUGCGAGUCAGGCAGCGGAACCACUGAGCUAAAUCCCCGGCCCUAUUUUACUAUUCUAAUAAGCAAGGGCCAGGUGACAUUUCAGAUGCUCCCUGCUGAAAUAAGACAGGUCCCCAGUGCUCCUGCACGUCUUCAAGAAUACAAGGGAAGAAAA